AUGCUCAUCAAGCGUGGCAAGGCCGAGGGGUGGCUCCAUCUGGACAUUGAGGGAGUCACAACAUGGGCAACCGCCAGCGGUAUCGGCUUCACCAAUGCAUCUCCCAAAAUUGUGCCUGGAAGAGGCAUCGGCCUUGUCACCGACCGUAAUCUCGACUACUCGGAGUCUGGUAAACCCCUGGAAAUACUGAAGAUCAGCGAAGACCUUGUCCUAUCAGUGGAGGCAGUAAAACAGCAGGCUCAGUUUGAUCGAGACUUUCGAGAAGUUCUAGACAGUCUUGCCGAUUUUGGACAGACCCCAAGAGGUGCAAUACUCACCUUCCUUCUCUUCCAAGCGUCUGUAUCUUGCCCAUAUCUCCCCGGUCGUGUCGGCGUACAUACGCCAUUCACAGACUACGUCAAGACAUUGCCGUGUGAGCUGUUACCUACCUUUUGGAACCCUCCAGAACGGCAACUACUUGUUGGUACAACCCUGGCUCCCGCAGUGACAUCGAAGCUCAAGAGCCUGGAACUAGAAUAUGACCAGCUCUGCUCAUCUGUAGCCAAGACUCGCUGGUAUCAGCUGGUGCAAGAUCACAUCGAUCUGGAUGACUGGAUGCAAGUUGAUGCCAUGUUCAGGUCACGAGCGCUCGACUUCUAUGGUUCUUGCAUGAUUCCUGGCAUGGACCUUGCUAGUCAUGCCGCAGGCGACAGCACAAAUGCAUUCUACGAUCGAGCAGAUGAUAAGUACUAUCUGUGGUUAUUGGAAGACAAGAACCUCCCGUUAGGCCACGAGGUCAGCAUAACGUAUGGGGACGAGAAAGGCGCCUGCGAGAUGCUAUUCUCCUAUGGCUUUCUGGACCCCGAGAUGGAGACGGCAGAGACAUUGUUCUUGAGCUUGAAGAUCCCAGACAAUGAUGUGGCCAAGACUGCGAAGAUGAAGGUCGCUGGUUGUGCCCCGGGCUUCAAGAUCAUCGAUACUCCCUCGAGCACCAAAUCAAAUGCUUCAGCUGAAGCCGCGGAAGCAGAGUCAACAUCAACAAACAGCAACGAACCGCCAGUGGGUGGUAUCGAUUGGCAAGGCAACUUCAUCUGGCUGCUUUGUGUCAGCAAAGAUGAAGGGCUGCGCUUCGAGCUUGCCAGGACAAUUGACGGCGAGGAAGAAAUGCGGGCUAUUUUCGUUGACCGUGAGUUGACGGGGGCCGACGACUUGCGACACGCGCUCUCACAAUCCGAAUUAUGGCCAGUGUACAAGCUACGUGCGAUCGUGAUCUUGCAGCAGCGAGUAUUCGAUCAGCUGCAGAUCUUGUACAGCACUCAGGAGGAGGUCGAAGCUGUGCUCCACGGUGACGCAUCUAGCGUUAGAGAAGCGCCAUACCAGCAGGCCAUGAAGCUGAGAAGUCUUGAAUUCGAGCUUCUCGAAAAGGCGUAUGAGGAAUUUGAGCGACAGAAGCUUGAACUGGCCGAAUCUUCUGUUGUUCAAAAACACCUGGCCUCAAUGACCGGGGAUCAGUCUACCUAA